CACAUCCCGUGACCAGUGGCCACGGGUUGUGCUGCACCACGACCUUUGAGAUGAGCUGUGCUCGUCCCACAGCACCUGGAGCCCAGCUGCCCCCCAGAGCAAUGGCAGCGGUGUUGGCUCUGCUGCUGGCCUGGCCAGCUGCCAUUUCAGCAGUGACAGUGACACAGGACUCGCUGCUCAACGUCUGCAUGGAUGCCAAGCACCAUAAAACAGAGCCUGGCCCUGAGGGGCAGCUCUAUGGGCAGUGUAUCCUCUGGAAGGACAAUGCCUGCUGCACUGCCAACACGAGUUUGGAAGCUCACCAGGACCAGUCCUACCUGUACAACUUCAACUGGGACCACUGUGGGGCCAUGCCAGAGAAAUGCAAGCGCCACUUCAUCCAGGACUUGUGUCUCUAUGAGUGUUCCCCUAACCUGGGGCCAUGGAUCGACCAGGCAGACACCAGCUGGCGGAAGGAGCGGAUCCGGGAUGUGCCACUGUGCUGGGAGGACUGUGAGCAGUGGUGGGAGGAUUGCCAGGAUGCUGUCACCUGCAAGGUCAACUGGCACAAGGGCUGGAACUGGACUACAGGCACCAACCAGUGUCCCAAGGGUGCCAUGUGCCAGAAGUUCAAGUUUGUGUUCCCCACGGCGGCUGCACUCUGCGAGCAGAUCUGGUCUGGCUCCUACCGCUACACAUCCCACCACCGUGGCAGCGGUCGCUGCAUCCAGAUGUGGUUUGAUCCCACGCAGGGGAACCCCAACGUUGUCGUCGCCCAAUACUACGCCCAUGGCGAUGCUCCCCCAAACUCCCCGCUCUCUAUCCUGCUGUCCCUGCUGCCCCUCGCCCUUCUGGCCCUGCUCUGAGCAGGAGGGGCUGCAGGCAGGAGCAGGCAGUAGGUGGUCAGGGAGGUCACCAGGCUGCCUUGUGUCUCCCCAUGAAAUGUUCCCAAGCUGUGUCCCCCACCAAGGCACGUGCUUCAUGAAUAAAUGCUCCUGCCCUGC